CUUUAAAGCCGAAGAAGUGGGUUUCCUCCAGAGGAAGUGAUUGCAGAACAGUGGAGACUUUGGCCAGACUCCGGCUCCUCUGGGUUGCUCAAACACAGGUUGUUGUUGUUAUCAUCGUGCUGCAGACUUCUGUGGACUGAAGAGGUGGGUGGAACGCCUGGGCUGAUAGUUUGUGGUUGAAAUCGUGAUGCACCUGCUUGUUCUCAUGCACAUGCCUUGUUCUGCAAGAGUUUGAAUGGACCUGGGGGGCUUUGAGGAUCGUUUGACCGACGCUAUAAAAGGAGGAUAAGCUUUCUCACGGAUCUGUAAAUGUCCCAAAAUGGAAAUAAAGGCUGGAUGCAGGAGACAACUCUUUGUCCAAAAUGAUGGCUACUCCUAAUGCAAGUCACCCCCCUCUAUGCCAGCCGGUGUCCGAGGCAUCUCCGGAUUCCCAUGAGAGGGUUAUCACCAACAUGUCCAAUGUCACCUGUGACCUCCCAUUGGACACAGACACGUUUGGCCUGACCUGUAUUUAUGGAGUUAUCUUCUCCUUGGGUCUGCCCAGCAACCUGUUAUCUCUCUGGGGGUUGUACCACCUUGGACGCUCGGGCGGGGGAGGCUGUCAGCUGGUCUACAUCCUCAACCUGCUGCUGUCAGACCUCCUGCAACUGCUCACCCUUCCCCUCUGGAUUAUAUAUCUCCAAGGGGGUCACCGAUGGCCGUACGGACAGCUAACCUGUGAGCUGGUUGGCUAUGUUUUUUACGUCAACGUCUACGCCAGUGUCAUGUUUCUUUGCCUGAUAGCGAUGGACCGCUGCCUGGCCAUCGUUUACCCGCUCAGCAGCCGCCGGGUGCGCACCAUCAGGGUGGCAGCCGUGUCAGGCGUAGCGGUGUGGACCCUGACCUUCCUGUUCUGUCUGAGCGGACUACUGCCGUCGGUGUUUGACGCAGACCGCCUGCUGUGUCUGGAACAAUAUCCUGUCAGCUCUAAAUUUGCUUACUUCAAGAUUGCCACCGUGCUUCUAGGUUUCCUGCUGCCUUGUGCCAUUCUUGGUUACACCUCAGCGCACAUCGGAGUGACGCUUCGGCGCUCCCCUUCCCUAUCGGAUCACGAGCGGCACAAAAUCGUGGGGAUCCUGGUUGUCAUAACGAUCAACUUCAUUGCCGUCUUCGGGCCGUACCACCUCAUGGGCGGGUACCGGUUCGUGUCUCUGCUGCGGACGGAAGUGCCGUGCGAGUUAGAACACUCAAUCUUCCUCAUCUACCGCCUUUGCUACGGCCUGACCAGCCUCAACACCUUGCUGGAUCCCCUCUUCUACAUCUUCCUGUGCCCUGACGCUCGACUGGAGCUGCAGAGAUCUCUGCCCUGUUUGGGGAGGGGUCAAAACAACAAGAGCAAGACCACCGUGAGCAGAUAUCGCCUCAAGACCCAUGGGCAGACUGAAACAGGCAGCUUUCAGGCAAUGUAACCCUUGUGGUAUCCUAGGCACUUUAACAUUGGGAGUUGGGUCAUCUAGACCCACUAGACAGUGCGCUGAACCUUUUUUCUUCAAUGAUUUGUGAUCUUCACUGGUGUCCAUGGAUUACAUGAAAUCUUUCCACCUUUAUCCACCUUUGUCAUGGUAGGGAGAACAUGUCAAUGGUCAUCUUGACCCCAUAGGAUAGAACAAGGGUUAAACAGGUUUGGACCAUGUCACAGACCGCAGGGAUUCAGGCAGAGCAACAGCGCCAUCUGGUGGUUUUAUACUUGUUACUGCAUGAACUUUAAGGAAUAAACAACCUCUGCUUUACUGUCUUAUACAAUUAUCAUAGAGUUUCACAUCAUGUUUGACAUCAGAGACCAAAAGGUAAACCAAAUAUAUUUGUUUGAUGUGUUUAUUGAACUGUAUUUAAAUGUGAACUGUCCCCACAUUCAAUAAUAAACACAGGUGUUGAACACAAAUAUGACUUUUGUCAGACUAAACAAUCGAAAUGAGUUUUUUUAGCAAUGUCUGGAAACGUUCAGUCAUACUUUUAGAAGAAAACCCACAAACUGAUAAAAAAUUCAACUCAUGCGGGAGAUAACACAUUCAAGGCCAGAUCAUCUCAAUGCCAUGCAGAAAAUAAUCUGGAAUCUAUGAGAACUUUCCGCUACUGAUCUACAAUGCAUGCAUGCAUCACCUAAAGCACAUUUUUACAAAGAAAAGAACAAAAAAAAAAGUUUGAAUGUGCAAGUUUUCAGCAAAAACACA